AUGCGGCCGGCGGGAGGCGCGGCGCUCGCGGGGUCGCUGUGCGGGGAGCUGCUGCAGGCCCCGCCGCAGGCGCCGCAGGCCCCGCAGGCCCCGCAGGCCCCGCCGCCCCCGGGCUCGCAGCCGCCCCCGGCCGCGCCCUCGGGGCCGCCGCUCCCCGCGCCGGGCGGCGCGACCCUCAACCGCCUUCCGGAGCCGCUGCUGCGGAGGCUCGGCGGGAGCCUGGACCGAGCGCCCGAGGGCCGGGGCUGGAGGAGGCUGGCCGAGGUGGCGGGGAGCCGGGGGCGCCUCCGGCUCAGUUGUCUGGACUUGGAGCAGUGUUCUCUUAAGGUCUUGGAGCCUGAAGGAAGUCCAAGCUUAUGUUUACUGAAGCUGAUGGGUGAGAAAGGUUGUACGGUCACAGAACUGAGUGACUUCCUGCAGGCUAUGGAGCACACGGAGGUUCUUCUGCUUCUUAGCCCCCCAGGAAUAAAGAUCACUGUCAACCCAGAAUCAAAGGCAGUCUUGGCUGGACAGUUUGUGAAACUAUGUUGCCGGGCAACUGGACAUCCCUUUGUACAGUAUCAGUGGUUUAAAAUGAAUAAAGAGAUUCCGAACGGAAAUGCAUCAGAACUCAUUUUUAACACAGUACAUGUAAAAGAUGCAGGCUUUUAUGUCUGUCGAGUUAAUAAUAAUUUCACCUUUGAAUUCAGCCAGUGGUCACAGCUGGAUGUUUGUGAUGUCACAGAAGUAACAGGAAGCUUCCAGGGAAGUUCAGAUGGCAUCUCUGAAUCCAGGUUGCAAAUCUGUGUCGAACCAAGGUCCCAAAGGCUAAUGCCUGGCAGUACAUUGGUCUUACAGUGUGUUGCUGUUGGAAGCCCUAUUCCUCACUACCAGUGGUUCAAAAAUGAGUCACCAUUAAUACAUGAGACGAAAAAGCUAUACAUGGUACCUUAUGUGGAUCUGGAACAUCAGGGAAUCUAUUGGUGUCAUGUAUAUAAUGAUCGAGACAGUCAGGAUAGCAAGAAGGUGGAAAUCAUCAUAGGAAGAGCAGAUGAGGCAGUGGAGUGCACUGAAGAUGAAUUAGAUAAUCUUGGACAUCCUGACAAUAAAGAGCAAACAGCUGAUCAGCCUUUGGCAAAGGACAAAGUUGCUCUUUUGAUAGGAAAUAUGAAUUACUGGGAGCACCCCAAGCUUAAAGCUCCUUUGGUGGAUGUAUAUGAAUUGACCAACUUGUUAAGACAACUAGAUUUCAAAGUUGUUUCACUCUUGGAUCUUACUGAAUACGAGAUGCGAAAUGCCGUGGAUGAAUUUUUAUUACUUUUAGACAAAGGAGUAUAUGGAUUAUUAUAUUAUGCGGGGCAUGGUUAUGAAAACUUUGGCAACAGCUUUAUGGUCCCUGUUGAUGCCCCAAAUCCAUAUAGGUCUGAAAACUGUCUAUGUGUACAAAAUAUACUGAAACUGAUGCAAGAGAAAGAAACUGGACUCAACGUGUUCUUGUUGGACAUGUGUAGGAAAAGAAACGACUAUGAUGAUACCAUCCCAAUCUUGGAUGCACUAAAAGUCACCGCCAACAUUGUCUUUGGAUAUGCCACGUGUCAAGGAGCAGAAGCUUUUGAAAUCCAGCAUUCUGGGUUGGCAAAUGGAAUUUUCAUGAAAUUUUUAAAAGAUAGGUUAUUAGAAGACAAGAAAAUUACUGUGUUACUGGAUGAAGUUGCAGAAGAUAUGGGGAAAUGUCACCUUACCAAAGGCAAACAGGCUCUAGAGAUCCGGAGUAGCUUAUCUGAAAAGAGAGCACUUACUGACCCGAUUCAGGGAACAGCCUAUUCCGCAGAAUCUCUGGUUCGGAAUCUACAAUGGGCCAAGGCACAUGAACUCCCAGAAAGUAUGUGUCUUAAAUUUCAGUGUGGCGUUCAGAUUCAGUUAGGGUUUGCCGCCGAGUUCUCCAAUGUCAUGAUAAUCUACACGAGCAUAGUCCACAAGCCACCCGACGUGGUGAUGUGCGACGCCUAUGUCACCGAUUUCCCUCUUGAUUUAGAUAUUGAUCCAAAAGAUGCAAAUAAAGGGACGCCUGAAGAAACUGGCAGCUAUUUAGUAUCCAAGGAUCUUCCCAAGCAUUGCCUCUACACUAGGCUCAGUUCGCUGCAAAAAUUAAAGGAACAUCUCAUCUUCACAGUCUGCCUGUCAUAUCAGUACUCAGGACUGGAAGAUACCGUAGAGGAGAAGCAGGAGGUGAAUGUUGGGAAACCCCUCAUUGCCAAACUGGACAUUCACCGAGGUUUGGGAAGGAAGACUUGCUUCCAAACUUGUAUUAUGUGUAAUGGCCCUUACCAGAGCUCAGCAUCCACCUCAGCGGGAGGCGGCCACUACCACUCGUCUCAAGACUCAUUCCACGGGGUUUACCAUUCACACCUUGGCAACUCAAGUAACAUCUUGCCAUCAGAUGGCUGUCGCUGCAGCCGGACGGCAGAUGCAUUUAUGUCAAGUCACCACACCCACCACUAUCCAUGCCAGUUCGGUAGGAGCAAUGUGCCAGUGGAGACAACUGAUGACGUGCCAUUCAGUCUCUCCGAUGCACUCCGAAUUUCUGAAAAGUGACCUCCUUGUUGUUGGAAGUUGUCAUAAUUACCAGAUGCCUCCUGUGCAACAGGACUGACAUGAAGGGAAGCAUCAUGAAGAAGCAAAUACCUAUUCGAAGAGAGAGAAGAUUAGUAAAGAUAUUUCAUGGCAAACUCAGGACUUUCAGGUGUUGGAAUUAUAUUAUUUACCCACGGACCCUCUUCUUCUCUCUUAGGAGCUGAUGAAUUGGUUGACUUGUUCUGUAAGAGUAAAGGAUGGAUGUGUAUAUGUUCGUGUGUUUAUAACAAAAAUAUUUUCAUUUUGAGCACUCUGAAGUAAGAACGAUGGGAAUGACGUUAUUGUAGAGUGAGUCAUUGUAUUUUUAGAAUCAGGGCAAAAAACCCUGGUGAUGAUCACACUUAACCCAGUUUCAUCAGUGGGAGAAACAGAUGGAGGCAUCUUGUGUACGUUAGAGCUGGCACCAGAACUGAGACCUCCAGGUUUCCAUUCCAGUGUUUAUUCCACUACACGCUACCUUCCUGACAGGUUCUGAGGUGUUACAUUUGUAGAUGGAUUUAAAGAUAAUAUGUAAAUAUGCAGGUCUGUAUAUAAUCUUAGAAAUGUAUAAACCUUACUUUGUGAUUAUAGGACGUCACUGCAAGCAUCAGUUACGAGGUUUGUAUAUAAAUAUAAAUCUUAUGUAGAACAGGCGGAAAUUUAUGGUUCCUAAGGUCAGGAAAGCACAUGGAGAGGUGACGAAAUGUUUGUCUGUCUUAGAGCAAGACAGCAGGAUACUUCUGCCACUGAAUAAUCUUGGCAGCUGCUUCUCUGAAUCUUACCAACACUGGAUAUGUCCUCCUUGAUAACAUUUUCUUUUUUUUUCCUUCUUCUUUUUUUUUUUUUUUGAGAACAUUUUCUUAAUGAAUUUUACUGGCCUUAAGAGAGAAUCUUACCACCUUUUGUCCUACCUAAAGCAAGUUAAAAUGGCAAGUGCCAAUAACAAAAAUACUGAAUUAGUGAUCUUAAAACAUUCCACAAAGAAAAUACCAGCCUCAGGUGGCUUCGCUACUGUAUCCUACCAAACAUUUAGAGAAUUACACCAAUCGUUUGUAAACUCUCUCCCAAAAAUGUAAGGAGAGAGAACACUUCCCAACUCAUUUUAUGAAGCCACUAUUACGCUGAUACAAAACCAGGUGAAGACAUCGCAAGAAAACAGAUCAAAAAGUUAUCCACAAAAUACUAGCAAACUGAGUCUGGCAGCAUAAUAAAAAGGAUCAUAUACCAUGACCAAGUAAGAUUGAUCCCAGGAAUGCAAGGUUUGUGUAACAUCCAAAAAUCAACGUCGAAUGCAAAUAAUUCUCAUUAUUCACAGUAGUUAUAAUCUAGGAAGUCACAAUGAAAACUGAACCAGUGAAUGCAGAGCCAUUGCUCCUAGGGGAAAUGUGUGCGCACGUAUGUGUGUGCAUUCAUAUCUCAAAUAGAUUAUAUAUAAUCUUAAAUCCUGAGAACAAUUUAUCCUGGUGUAUAUUGUUUUAUUUUACAAAGAAAAUGAGGUUCAAAAAUAUUAAGUGACUUCCUGAGGCUACCCCACUAAUAACUGCCAGAGUUGGGAUUCAUACCCGUCCAGCUGGCCCCGGAGCCAAAGCUCACACAGCCCUGCCCCUGGCCCCUCAUCUUCUGGUCAUGUCUGGGGUGGAGCUGGAACAGGAAGGUGAACCAUGGCCUUGUUCUCCCCCACUGGGAACAUGCAUAUCAGCAAAACUCAAAAUUUUCAUAGGUCUGCACAUAUAUAUGAGUGAUCAUUAAAGUGCUGACAGUUUUGAUUUGGGGAUUACACAUUUUACAAAUAAACUGGUAAAUUCACAAAUAUAGGCUCAUAAAUAAUGAGUAUCAACCAUCCCAUAUUCAUAAAGGACAAAACUACUACAUUGACUUGCUUAAUAGCUGCAGAACAUAUAAAAUUCUGCACCCAUUCAUGAUUAAAAAUAGUUAACAAACUAGGAAUAAAAUGGAAAUUCCCCAAUAUGAUAAAGAGCAACUACAAAAAGCCCACACCUAACAUCAUUAUUGGCAACAAACUGAAUGCUGAAUGUCCUCCCCCUAACAUCAGGAAUAAGAAGACAAGGACAUUCACUCUUGCCCCUUCUAUUCAACCUUGGUUCUUGAGGUCCUGUCCAGGGCAUUUAGGCUAGAAAAAGAAAAGUUAAUCCUACUGGAAAGAAGGAAAACUAUUCACAGAUGACAAUCUUAUUAGAUAGAAAAUUCUAAGAAGUUUCAUUUGAAAACUACGAAAUGGGUUCACCAGGCUACAGGAUAGAAAGAUCAAUAUACAAAGAUCAGUUUUAUUUCUGUGUCAGCAGUGAAUGUUCUGAAAUUGAGAUUUUUAAAAGUUCUAUCUACAGUAGCAUUGAGAUGAAUAAAAACUAUACAACAUUGUUGAAAGAAAUUAAAAGAAGACCUAAAUAAAUGGAAAUACAUUUUUGCUCAUGGAGUGAAAGACUUUACAUUGUUAAGAUUGCUCCCAAAUUGCUCCACAGAGUUCCUGCAGUUCCUAUCAAAAUCCCAGCUGCCUGGUUUGCAAAAAUUGACAAACUGGUAAAAUUUAUACAGAAACACAAAAUUGAUAAAAUGAUAAAACUCGCAUGGAAAAUACAAAAGCCAGAACAAUCUUGAAAAAGAACAAAGUUGGAAGAUUCACACUUAACUAAUUACAGAAAUUAACUACAAAGCUACAGUAACGAACAGUGUGACACUGGUAUGAAGAUAAACAUGGAUUACGGGGAUAUAAAUUGUAUCUGAGAAUCCAGAAAUAAGCCUAUAAUGUUUAUGAUCAAUUAAUUUUUGACAAUACUGCCAAUAGCAUUCAGUAAGAAAGAGUAAUCUUCUCAACGAAUAGACCUAGGACAACUGUAUAGCCAAGUGCUAAAGAACCCCCCCCCCCAUACUACAUACAAAUUUCAACCCAGAAAGGAUCCUAUACCUAAAUAUAAGAGCUAAAACUGUAAAACUGACAAGAAAACAUACAAGUAAAUCUUAGUGACCUUGGACGAAGCAGUGGUUUCUUAGCGACAACACCAAAUGCACAAGCAACAAGGAAAAAUAAAUAAAUUGAACUUCCUCAAAAUGACUCUUCUGUUUUAGAGAACACCAUCGAGAAAGUGAAAAGACAACCACAGCACAGGAGAAAGUGUAAAACUCAUGUCUGAUAAGGUACUUGUGUUCAGAGUAUAUGCAGAACCUCUUAUAAUGAGCCAUGUAUAUACUAGUGCUUAAUUAUGGUUACUGUAGGGUGGUAGCCAGUGAACUGCCCAGUGGGCCUUCUGUAAUGAUGGAAAUGUGUCCGUGUCCUCCGCUGGUGUGUCCUCCGCUACCCUCCAACCCCGUGUGAUAACUUGAACAAUGGAAAUCCAGCCAGUGGCUUCCAUACUCAACUAUGCGGUUGUUUAUCCUGUAUAUUUGAAUUUUUUAAGGCAUGUAUUUAUAAUUUUAAAACAUUUUUUAAACUAA